AUCACUCGUGUUUGGUUGACCGUAUAAUUCAGUGAUUGAUUGGGACGGAGGCCCGUUUUCGCCGAUGUGAUCAUCACUACUGUACGCUCGGUGUAAGAUUCAAGUUCCCGGCGCCGAUACACCAUGUCUAACUUGUCGCUCUCCUCAACGAUUGACGCAACGUCAUCGAUGUACCAACCGGCUCAGCUUUUAAACUGGAUGUACCUGACACUACAGGAACAGAAUGCACAGAAACAGCAACAGCAAGCGCAACUCCAGCGACAACAGCAACAGCAGCAGCAACAACUUCAAAAUCACCCGGAUUUUGGAUGGGCAAAUAAAUUUGGUAAUCCAAAUUUGAGCCCGAACACCAUUAGUAAUAUAACCAACGGGCUGGCGAAUUAUAACAACAACAACACUAACUACAACGAGCAAUCCAAAUUGAUGCCUUCUCCCUACGGCAGCAUUGGCGACAUCGCAGAUCAGUUUAGUGACCUUACCCUCGGUAACCCGCUGAUCGAGAGAAAACGUGAAAAGCGACCACCACCAACCUAUCUGUGCCAUCUUUGUUUCCAGAAGGGCCAUUACAUAAAAGACUGUCCACAGGCCAGACCAAAGGGAGAAGGAUUAACUCCAUACCAAGGAAAGAAACGAUGUUUUGGUGAAUACAAAUGUCCCAAGUGCAAGCGCAAGUGGAUGAGCGGUAACAGCUGGGCUAAUAUGGGACAGGAAUGUAUCAAGUGUCAUAUUAAUGUCUAUCCUCAUAAGCAGCGCCCUCUUGAGAAGCCUGAUGGACUUGAUGUCUCUGACCAAAGUAAAGAACACCCCCAACAUCUAUGUGAAAAGUGCAAAGCACUGGGUUACUACUGUCGUCGAGUACAGUAAAUCAAAAAAGACGACCGAAAGAAACAAUCACCAUUCUCAUUUCACUAAUAUCUGCACUUCUGUCGACGAAGAAUAAUCAGAAGGGCCCAAGCUCGCUUUAAAACAGUCGGAUGAAUCGUUGUUAUGCGUAACAAAUGACAAUCAGAACAUUUCUCUCAACAGGUUAAGUUUUUCUGUUACCAUACUCCUUAUAUUAAUUGGACCAUGACAAAAUAAUUUUUUUUGGCAGGAGGAUGAACUAAGAUUUUAUUUAAUGGGAG